CAGAAAGACUGGCGCUGGGGAAUUAAAAGAUAUCAGAAAGACAGACCAGUGGAAGUACCAAUACUUCCUUUUGGCCAAGCUUUUAGCUGCUCAGGAACGGGCGUCAGGGCAGCGAAUCGACGAUGUCGUCGUCCUGCCGGAGCUUCCGCUCCCCGGCUUAUCAUCAUCAUCAUCAUCAUCAUCAUCAACCUCAUCAGCAUUACGAUGACCAGGACACUUCCCCGCUCGACUUCUCCUCCUUCAGGCCAGGUCAUGAGCAGGAUGAAGAGGCUGUCGAGUUGCUCAAGUCGGACUUGCGAUUCACAAACGACUCCAUCUCCGAAAUCGACCUAGAACGAGAGCAUCACUCGGGACUGCUUCGGCCUCGAUGGAGCACCCUCCGCACAGCGCUGACUCGGCUGCGAUCGCGCUGGCAUAACUCAGCAAAUACUCAUCGAUUCCUGUCGGCCGACGAGUCGCGUCUGGGCCGUGCGCAGAAGCGAUCGGUGAGAUCCAAGAAGCUGCGGUGGCUGCUAUAUUCCAUUAUUGCCUUCCUCGCCAUGCUGGGUCUCGUUCAAUUCUUCGUUCUGGCCUGUGCCAUCGUCGUGUCCUUCUUCCCCGACGAGUUAGAGCAGACAAUUGGUGAUUGGGGUCAGCCAGGAACCCCGACAGAAGGUUGGAGUCACUGGCCGACGGAUGCGACCAGGGAGAUCGUGCCAGUGGGAUGCCAUUCGCAUAAUGACUACUGGAGAAAGGUCCCUCUGUUUUCGGCACUGCAGGCAGGUUGCAUAGGCGUCGAAGCAGACGUGUGGCUGGCGGGAGAUGAGCUCUAUGUCGGUCAUACCACGUCAGCCCUGACGGCCAACCGUACAUUGAAGAGUCUCUAUGUCAACCCGCUCGUUGAGCUCUUGGAGAAGCAGAAUCCGGUGACAAGCUUUCAUCCGGCCAAGGAUCAGCCUCUGAACGGUGUUUUUGACACUGAUCCAUCCCAGACAUUGAUUCUCCUGAUCGAUUUCAAGACCGACGGACCCGCCACAUGGCCUCAUGUGGUGUCGCAGUUAUCGCCUCUGCGUGAGCGUGGCUAUCUCACUUACUUCAACGGCACGGACGUGGUGCAAGGUCCAGUCACUGUCGUGGGAACGGGUGAUACCCCAUUCAACCUGCUGACGGCUAACUCCACCUACCGUGACAUAUUCUUCGAUGCGCCGCUGGCUAAACUCGAAGAUGAAGGUCCCCCAGAGAUGGAUCCUGAGGGUCGUCCACUACCCAGAUCACCGGGUCCCAAGCGUCUACCACACGGCUUUGGCCAGGGACAUUCCGGUCUACCGAGCGACGUCAACCCGGACAUUUUUGAUCCCACCAACAGCUAUUACGCUUCCGUUUCUUUCAAGAAGUCGAUUGGGCUCCCCUGGCACUUUCACAUUACACCCCGGCAGUUGGAGCGGAUCAGAGCUCAGGUCCGUGGCGCCCAUCGCCGCGGCUUGAAGGUACGAUACUGGGGAUUGCCUAGCUGGCCCCGGAGCCUCCGAAACCAUGUCUGGAGCGUCCUCAUGCGAGAGGGCGUCGAUAUCUUGAACGUAGACGACCUAAAGAGCGCUACGAGGCGAGAUUGGACUCGACGAUCUUGGAGAUGGUGGUUUGCUUGAUGAUCUUCUAUUGAUGCUUAUGGUUAUAUACCCUUUUCUGCUUCCCUUCGAUUCACCAGGACGGUUUGACCCGUAUAUAUGCGAUAUGAUUCACUCGAUAAGCGAUUUCAUUAUACAUGCUUCUUGGGUGUGGCGUUUUAUGAAAGAGAGGACUUUCCAUGGAUAUUCGAAUCUUUCUUCCUGACUUUCGAUUUAUCUUCCUUCGGAGGUGCUUGUGCGGUGUUACAUAGACUAAGUUCUAGACUGCUAUAUACCACUGCUGAUUCUGCGUCGUUUGAUAGCUCAGCCAUUCUCGAUUCAUGCCCAUAUCAUACUUACAUUAUCGUCCGCUAGACUGCAUAGAUAUGACAAUCGAUUAU